UUUUUUUUUUUUCUCUGUUGCUCCAGCAAAUGAGAAGUAAAAUUGAUAAUCAACAGAAAAGAUAACAGAAGUUACUUCAGUAUUCAGGAGAUCAACAUGUUCAGACCAAUAAUCCAACGUCCCCUUCUCGUGCAGCCGGCUAGACAGCUUACGUAUAUAACCAAGUUCGAUACCAAGAAGUUUGUUCAAAGUCUUCAGACCAAAGGUAAUUUUAGUAAAGAACAGGCUGAGAGUGCAGUUAAUAUAGUGAAUAAAGCAAUAAACGAUGGGAUCUAUUCCAUAACCAAGAACUUGGUCACCAAGGAAAAGUUGAGUUCAACAGCUUAUCAGCAGAAAGUUGAUUUUGCCAAAUUGAAAGGUGAAUUACAGACCAUGGAUAGAUCAGAGUUCAACAAUUUAAAGAAGGAGUUGGAACAAUUAAGAACUGAUUUAACUAAUUUGAAAAAUAGAAUAAGAGAAGAAGUUACUAAGAAUCUGGCCGGGGUUAAAUUAGAUUUGAAUUUAGAAAAAGGUAGAAUUAGAGAAGAAAGUUCAAUUCAUGAACUGAAAAUUGAAGAUACUUAUACAAGAAUUGAUGAAGAGAUAUCCAACAUUCAUAUGCAAAUCAAGUCGGUCAAGACCCAGGUCAUGCAAUGGUUAAUUGGGGUAUCUACCGGUUUAUGUGCUGUUAGUUUAGCUUUUGCAAGAUUCUUUGGUUAACCCUAAAUCUAAUAUUACGAGUGAAUGUUGA